ACCCGCAUCAGAUUUCUGUGAGUGUGUGUGAGAGGGAGAGACGCUCCAGUACACACACACAGGGAGGGAGAGAGAGAGCGAGAGAGAGCGAGGACCAGAAGGUUUGGUGCUGCUACGUUUCUGCUGAGCCUCCACCAAGUGAAUAACCUGCUCUGAAAAAGUUGCGACAAUGGACGGGAUAUCGUUCGGACGCGCCUCGCUCCUCUGCACCUUGCUGCUCUGGACUAUGCAAGUUUGCGACGCAGUUGUCAACGUCGAAGUGGCUCCUAAAGUUGAGGUGCGGAAGGAUGAGACCGCCAAGCUGCCGUGCACAUACACGGUUUCCCCGGCCUUCAGCGAGACCUUAGUGGAGUGGUACAUUGAAAACCAGGAAACCAGGAAGCGUGUAGCCUUCCGUUCUCAAGGCAGCGAAGGGAAAGGUGAUGAUGGCACACCGCUGAGCGGCAGGGUCUCCAUCGGAGACGACUCCUCUCUUGUCAUCACGUCGGUGAAGCCGUCGGAUGAGCUGACCUUUCACUGCCAGGUCACGGCUGGACCUGCUGGAGUUGGAGAGGGCAGAACUAUGCUCAAAGUCUUCCAUCCUCCAGAGAAGCCAGAACUGACCCGACCAUCCUCUCAGGCCAUUUCUGUGGGCCAGACCACCAGCUCUGAGAUCGGUAUCUGCGAAACUAAGAACGGACAUCCCCAGCCGAGGAUCAUCUGGUUCAAAGACGGCCAGCCCCUCCCAGAGGUCAAGGACAAGAAUGAGAAGACCUACAUGAUUCCCUCGGUGGUGAAGGAGGCGUCAGGGCUCUUCACCGGCAGGAGUGCGUUGAACAUGCAGCCCACGAAAGCAGACAAGGACUCUGUGUUCCAGUGUGUUGUGGAGUACAGCAUGCCAGACAACCAGAUCCUGCAGAAGAAGUCCAACACCAUCACCAUCAACCUGCACUAUCCCUCUGAGACGGCAACCUUUAAACUCCUGAACGCCGAGCCAGUCAAGGAAGGCGACAAGGUCACCAUGAAGUGCGAGACAGACGGAAACCCUCAGCCGGAGUUCGACUUCUCAAAAGACGGGAACCCAGUUAGAGGCGAGGGGGGUCUCCUCACCCUUAAAUCUGUCAAGCGGUCUGACGCUGGCGUCUACGUUUGCACGGCCACUGACUUUGAUAACUUGGAUGCGGAUUUGGGCGGAAAGGUCCAACUCAGUGUCAACUACAUUGACCCAGUGAGCGUGACCCCGGCUGAACCUCAGGUCGUCAUGUUGGGAGACAAAGUGGAGUGGCAGUGCAAGACCAAAGCUUCAGCUUCACACACAGUCCAGUGGAAGAAGGGCUCCACUGUUCUCUCUCAGGACGGCACUCUGUCAAUACAAGAAGUUACCUACGAUAAAGCCGGAGAGUACAUGUGUGUCGGAGCGGUCCCUUCUGUGCCGGGUCUUGUUGCUGAAGCCAGUGUCAACCUCACUGUUAAAGGAAAGCCGAUGAUUGAGACUCCAGCUAAAGGAGAGGUGGGGAAGGAAGGAGACAUGGUGACACUCAAGUGUUCGUCCUACGGCUUCCCGGCCCCUCAGUUCACUUGGACGCCCUCAGGAAAAGAGUCAGUGUCAGUGGAAGGCACCAAGGUGGUGAGCACAGUGCACCUGAAGGCCACAGCCGAGAUCAUGAAGGACGGAGUCACCUGUCAGGUGUCCAACGAGCAUGGAACUGAUAGCCAGAAACUCAUGGUAUCUCUCAAAGAUAUUGGCAACUCGGCCAACAGAGUGCUGCUCUCUGGAAACCCUGUGCUUAAGUCAGCUGACAGUCAACAGGGAGGCUCCAGUGGGGUGGUCAUCGCUGUGGUGGUGUGUGUUCUUCUUCUGCUGCUGCUGGUUGGCCUCAUCUACUUCCUGAAUAAGAAGAGCAAACUGCCGUGCGGCAAGAAGGACAAGAAGGAAGUGAACACUGGCGAGGUCAACAAUGACAUCGUUGUGGAGAUGAAAACAGACAAGGCCAACGAAGAAGCCGGACUCCUCAACAAAAGACCACCGACUGAGCAGUGAUGGAAGAAAGACGUCAGCGAUGGAGGGAUGAAGGGAAGACGGCCGUCAGUCGUGAAUAAACAGGACUUUUUUUUUUACUUGCUGAACAAGAGGUGGACGGAGGGGCUCAAACUGAGGGGCUGACUCUGGGAAGCACGAGAGGCUUGGCAUCGCUUGCUUUUUUUAACUUACAGCAGAAUAUUUCAUGGAAGUUUCUUCUUCACAUCCGAAAUUCCAUGGUGAAUCUCCUCUUAUUUGUUCUGCUGAAGGUUAAAACAUGCAAAAUUACAAUCUAAUAUCACUGGAUUAUUCUUCCUCACUUGAUUUGUAACCCAUUAUUCUUCCCCUCUGCAGAGUAGAUGGCUGCAGUGACAAUCCCAAAACAUUCAAAUCGGCAUUAAAUUAAACCAAAUAAUGUGUCACUGUUGCUGCUGCUCUUCUUCAUUUCCUCCUCCGAGUAUAUUGGGAAAAUAAGUACAAUAGCAAGUGAUCAUUAACUCACGACGUUCAAUCCUGCUGUGCACUGUUUGACAUAACUGCUUUAAAAAAAGAGGAAUUUGCUGUUUAAUUGCCUUUUUUUUGCCACUUGAGAAUGUUUAUAUUUUCAAACAAGUAGCUUUGCAGUGAAACAGUCCAGACUUUUGAGGCACCUAGAUUUUAAAUUGCUUUCAUUUUGUGUCAAUUCAUCCUUCACCAAAAAAGCAAGCUCUUCAGUUGUACAUGGUUUUUUUUUUUAUAUUUUCCUGUGUGUAUAUUAUGUCGGGUGUUUUCCCUUUGAUGUCAGUCCACCACUGAACCGUCAACGACACAGGAGUGAAUAUAUUUUAGGGGUUGAAAAAGCUGCUGCCCUGAAAUUAUCACCAUUAAAUAACAUUUUGACGCCUUAAAGUGCUUUUUUUAAACCACUUCCCAAUCUCCAAACUGUCAAAAAAGAGUUUUGUCGAUUCAAAGAGAUUGAGGGCUGUGUUUGGCCCCACACUGGAGUGUAUAGCGAGGCUUUCAUGUUUUUUUUUCUACCAAAUAUCAUUUGACUUUCACACUGAGAAGAAGCUUGGAUUCCUCCUCACACUGUCUGUUUUGGGUUCGUCCACACUACCACCUUUUCAUUUGCAUGAAAAUAACUUUAUAAUUUAUUUUUUGGCUCUUAUUUUGAUGAGUUAAUAUAUGUAUCUUUCUGCAAAUUCAUAUGGCUUUCAAUGGAGAAAAGAACUUGCUUUUCCUUUAAUGUCCUCUUUAAAAGAUACGGUAACAAUUUUCAACAACUCGGUCAUUGGAAUGCAGGACCCCUGUUGAGCAAGUUAUUUUGUAAGUUUUGAUCAAUUUUAUGAACAUUACUAUAAACCAAAAGAUGUUCAGUGUGUAAAAAGUUUUUUAUUAACACAUAGCUAUUUCUCUCCCGUUGAAUAAUUCAAGUGGAAAGGUAGCAGUUUGGCCGCAACCCUGUCAAGAGAGGUAUGACGGUUGUAGUUGUACACUGGAACUGACUGGACCUUGGCUUCUUUUGGGAAUAUUUUCAGUCCAACCACUGUCUGAGGCGGAUUUAUUGUUUGUAUACUGACCUUUCCACUUUGGCAACAAGCAAAUGUGUGGUCGCAGGUGAAGACUUUUUUAUGUUUUAUAUCUUAAAGAAAUGUACUAUUAUAGUUGGUUUUCUCUUGUUUUUUUUUUUUUUUUUACUUAAUGGGGUUUUCAUGUUUGGAACUACUGAGUUUUCAUUUGCCACAUUUUCUUCCACUAGAGUUUUCAUUAGGAGGUUUGGUUUCAGAAGAAUUUCUCAGUGCUUUACCUCUCUCUUCCGCUCUCUCGGUACUGUAUACUGUAUAUUUUGUGGUACGCUGUUGUGACCCCCCGUGGUGUGUAACUGUAUCUUUUUAUUUUGUUUCAGCUGUGUAGAAUUUAUGAUGAUAAAAAAAAACAAGAAAA